AUGCAAGAAAUAAAGGAGGCGAAUGCCAACAUGCAAUGGACUGAAAGCACGAGGAUUAUUACAGACAAGAAGGUGAAAGAUUUGAUGGCAAAUAAUGCGAAGAGGCUAGUAGAGGUGCCGUACACGGUGUCGCUGUCUCAGGUGAUGGGCACGCUGGUUGCCAACAACGUGGUGGCGGUGCCGGCGGUCGCGCCACCAGGGCAAUGGAUCGGGGCCGGCGGCUCAAUGAUCGUGGAAACAGAUAAGCAAACGGGAACCCCACGAAAGCAUUACAUAGGGAUCGUGACCAUGUUUGAUAUCGCCGCUCACAUAGCUGGUGAUGACCGCUUGAGCCAGAACGAUGAUGGAGUUGAAGAUCUUCAUGAAAAAAUGUCUGCUCCAGUGUCCUCCAUUAUAGGCCACUGCAUCGAAGGUCUCAACUUAUGGACUCUCAAUCCUAAUACCAGUUUAAUGGAUUGUAUGGAAGUAUUUAGCAAAGGCGUGCAUCGAGCUAUGAUACCAGUGGACAGCCAGAUGCAGCAGAUAUCAGAAAGUGGUGGGAUUGAACUGAGAGAAUCUUCUUCAGGCUAUCAAAUGCUGACCCAAAUGGACGUGAUCAAGUUCUUGAAACAGCAUGCUUCCGAGUGGAACCACAUUGUGGGACGCUCUGUUGAAGACCUUUGCGCAGUGACAGAUAAAGUGUACGCCAUUACUGAACGCACAAGACUUAUUGACGCCAUCAGAUGCUUAAAAGCUUCCAUGCUCAACGCGGUUCCAAUCGUUAAUGCCUCGGAAGUCGGCCCAGAUGAUCACAAACAGCUUCUUAAUGGAAGAAGCAGGAAGCUGAUAGGGACAUUUUCUGCAACUGACUUGAGGAAAUGCGACAUAGAGACACUGAGAUUCUGGUUAGGCAAAAGUGCUUUAAGAUUCACAGAACAGAUGGCAUCAUCAGAAACUCCUCAACAGGAGACUAGUAGUACAUCAAGAAGAGAACUAGUGACAUGCACUGCUGAAACUGCUUUGUCUGAAGUAAUUGACAAGGCAGUGACGAGACAUGUUCAUAGGGUCUGGGUGGUGGACCAAGAAGGUUUGCUCGUUGGAGUUGUGUCCCUCUCAGACAUAAUUAGGAUUAUCAGGACUUGUCUGCUAAGCACAAAGUGGUAA